UACAACAAAAUCCUACCCCGUUUAACACCAACAUUAAUAUUUUCUCAUCAUUCAGUUCACCACCCUUUAUUCUAGCACCAUCAAAAUGGCAGCAACAUUUGCCACCUCAUCCACCAUUGUAGGCCUUGGAAGUUCAAGUUCCUCACUACAAUCUUCCCGUGUCUCUUCACCAAAGAGAUCAGCUUCUGCUCUUACUUCAAGCUUUGUGAAAUCAGGAGUGACAGCUAGGAAUCCUCUGAGAUUGGCUGGUGCUUCGGGAGGAAAGUUUGUAUGCUUUGAAAGAGAUUGGCUGCGUAGAGAUUUUAGUGUGAUAGGAUUUGGGUUGAUCGGAUGGAUAGCGCCAUCAAGCAUACCAGCCAUCAAUGGAAAGAGCUUGACUGGACUCUUCUUCGAGAGCAUUGGGACUGAGCUCGCUCACUUCCCCUCGCCCCCUCCUCUUACUUCCCAGUUCUGGUUGUGGUUGGUCACAUGGCAUUUGGGGUUGUUCUUGUGCCUCACUUUUGGGCAAAUUGGGUUCAAAGGAAGGACUGAGGAUUACUUUUGAAUUUAGUUUCUAUCUCUAUAACUCUU